AUGCGCUUCUUCUCAAUCCUCACAGCCGUCGCGUCGGCUGCUGUCGUAGCCGGCAACCCCGUAGCCCGCCAGACUUCUAAUUUUGCUGGCUACUUGAUCUCGACCUUCAGCGACGCCAAUCCGAAAGUCCAGUUUCACUUGUCGAAUGGCAACAGCGCGUCUAGCUUCAAAUUCCUCAACAAGGGCCAGGCAGUCCUCACGUCGACCGUCGGUACCAAGGCUGUCCGCGAUGUCUACCUGACGACCAAUCCCUCGCGGUCAGAGUGGUACAUCAUUGCCAUCGAUCUUGACAUCAAUGCUUCUGGCUUCAACUGGGACAAGGCCACGAGAGCUGGCAGCAGGGGCAUCGUUGUCUGGAAGUCAACCAACCUCGUCGACUGGUCUGCUCCCACCCUGAGAAUCGUGGAAGCCGACACCGCCGGCAUGGUCUGGGCUCCCUCGGCCGUUUGGGACGAUGCAAAGGCCCAUUGGUACGUCUUCUGGUCCGCCCGGCACUACCGGUCCACGGACACGGCGCACACCGGCACCGCAACGCUCGACCGCAUCCGAUACACCACGACCAAGGACUUUGUCACCUUCAGCCCGGCCCGGGACUACGUCGCUCUCGCGGAUACUCCCCUUAUCGACCAGGAGUUUCAGUACCUCGGCACAGCUGGCGCCUACGCCCGCUUCCUCAAGAACGAGACCACCAACCAAGUCUACCAAGAGGUCACUUCCAACGGCAUCUUUGGAACAUGGAAGCGUAUCCCGGGCUACGUCAGGAACGAGAGCCCUCGCGAGGGACCUGCCUCAUAUGCCGACAACACGCCUGGAUUGUACCACCUCCUGUUAGAUGACUACACUCAGUAUGUGCCGUUCCAGACCAGCAAUAUCCAGUCACCUAGCUGGCAGGCUGGUAGCACGUCUGGAUUCCCCUCUGGAUUGAAGCACGGUUCUGUUACGCCCAUUACUCAGGCUGAAUGGAAUCCACUGAACUCGAAGUUCCCUGCUUGA